CUUUAAUCCUGUUAGUCCUUUACUUAAACGUCAUGAAAAAUGUUACGACUACAUCGCUGCAACUGCAACAUUUGAUGACUCCAACCUAACCGGUGUUGUUACUUUGGUCGGAGACGAUUCUGCACCAGUCACCUUUGUCUAUGGGUUAUUUUCAAGAGGCAUUAAAGAACCAAAUAAAUUUAAUGUCUUUAUCAGAUGUAAUGACAAAAUUGUCUAUAAUUUGACUGAUGACUUAAAUUUGAAAUUUGAUGGCGAAGGUGGUACUAAACCAUUCUGCGCAUAUAUUCAUUUUGACCUUUUAAAAUUUUUAUCAUGUGAUGGUUGUGGUGAACCUAAGCAUUAUGAUUAUAAGAUUAAGCAUCACGAUCAUGAUGAUAAGCAUGAUAAGCAUGAUGACAAGCAUGAUGACAAGCAUGAUGACAAGUAUGAUGAUAAGCAUGGUGAUAAGCAUCAUAGAAAGCGACAAGGAACUGGUUCCCCAAAU